ACUGGUGCUGCUACCGAUUUCACCUUGCGGUGGUCCUGGGAUAGUUCUAGAGAAGUGCCAGACUGAAGCCCACGGCGAAAGUUCACUGCCUUCCCCUUUAAGGUGGAACCGGUGGCUCAUGAGUUAGUUGUUCCAGACCUCCCCUUGCCAAAGGCCCAAGCCCUCAAGGGACAGUACAAAGGCGGCGAGGCAAGGGAAGCAGGACUACCGGGAGGAGCAGGAUGAGGCCGCCAGGAGCUUCAGGUCCAUGCUGCUGCUAACUCUUGGCCCUAGAGUUUGGCCCAGGCUCUCUCAGCUCAAACCUGGAGUCCUCCUUAGGAGCUCAGGAAGUGAAACCUUAUAUGUAAAGUCCCGGUGCUUGUCAGGGCAGGGGCAGCCCCAAGGCCCUGGGCUACGAACUAGGCUGCUGGUCACUGCCUUGUUUGGGGCUGGGCUGGGCUGGGCAUGGUUGGAGGCCAGAGCUGAGAAGGAACGGUGGCGGCAACAGCAACGAACAGAGGCCCUGCGUCAGGCUGCUGUGGGUCAGGGCAACUUCAGCCUACUAGACCACCAAGGCCAGCCUCGGUGCAAGGCUGACUUCCGAGGUCAGUGGGUGCUGAUGUACUUUGGAUUCACUCACUGCCCUGAUAUCUGCCCUGAUGAGCUAGAGAAGCUGGUGCAAGUGGUGCAGCAACUAGAGGCAGAACCUGACCUGCCCCUAGUGCAGCCUGUCUUCAUCACUGUGGACCCUGCACGGGAUGAUGUGGCAGCCAUGGCCAGGUAUGUGCAGGACUUCCACCCAAGACUGCUGGGUCUGACUGGUUCUGCAGAACAGGUGGCCCAGGCUAGCCGUAGCUACCGUGUAUACUACAGUGCUGGCCCCAAGGAUGAGGACCAGGAUUAUAUUGUGGACCACUCCAUUGCCAUCUACUUGCUCAACCCAGAUGGUCUCUUCACUGACUACUAUGGUCGGAGCAGAACAGCAGAACAGAUUGUAGACAGUGUGCGGCAGCACAUGGCUGCUUUCCACAGCACUCUGCCCUGAAUCACUUCUACCCGGGACCCUGUCAUUAAAUGGAUAUACUUA